AUGGCUCCGUGGCUGAUCUGGAAAGCGGUGUCGAGCACGGCGAGGCUCUCGACUGCAACACAAAUCCUUAUUUUCCUUCCCCUCACACUUUCAACGCUCUCGACCGAUGCAUUCCUACUGCUGUCCCUUCUCCUUUUCAUACAUUCCUUGAUUCACGGGUCGCUCGCUCUCCUCUGGGGUUCACCUGCUCUGUCAGUGCUGCAAGUGCCUGCACAUUCGUUCCUCCUACUCGUUUGCUUCAAUGCUUUUGCACACACGGUGCAUCCCUGGCUUCUAGGCGCUGCAAGGUGGUGGGGGUGGGCACUUCGGUGGUCAAGUCCUGGAUUCAUCGUUAUGGAGGGCAUAUCUAGCUUGCUGGUGGUACAGAAGCUCGGUCAGGUCGGGAAGGAGCUUGUCGAGGAAGGCGAGAGGUAUCAGUUCGGCUUGCUCGUAGGAGCUGCAGCUGCAUAUGUCACCUCUGCGUGGUGGAUUAUUGUGUCCUACCCUUCUGCUGCUGCCUCGCCGCUGCUGUCGACUCUCCUGGGCGUGGCUAUUACAGCAUUCAUAUUCCUCACCGCUAUCGGCUUUGCCAUGAGACGAACAAACGUAAUUGAAUCGUCCGGUCUGGCUUUGGUCCUUGCAUAUAACUUUUGGCUAUGCGGAUUCGAGCAGUCUCCCUAUUGGAAUCCAGCUGCAGCCUACGCACCGCUUCUGUCCAAUAUUCUACCACACAUGCAGACGUUAUUGAACUUCAUCGCCUACACCCUCCCCAAACCAGUUCUCGUCGCGUUACUGUACCGUCUCAUUGUACUACAUUUUGCGUCCCGCAUUCUGCCUACUAUCGGGGCAGAUGCUUGGGAAGAUGACCCAGAUUCAGACGGAGAGUGGGAUGGCCGACCGACCUCCAAGCUUACCCGGAUCUUACUGACGUAUCGGCAAGCGAUAUUUGUCACUGCAUACUCACAUUUACUCUUGUUGGACCAUCCUGCUCAGGUUUGGUGGCGAUGGAUGAACGUGUUUUUCACGCUGAUCCUAUGGGCCAUCGAGCUCCUUGUGAGCAACGAUGAUGACCCCGUGACCAAAAAGUGGAAGGUUGAAUAG